CAAUCCAGACAAAGGAGAACGACAGAUCAGCGGCGGCGCGCACUCAGCCUGAGCAUCUGGGCAACUGGGAUUGAUCCGACGCGCAAGAACGCACCGGCACGCUGACAAGCACGCCCUCCAGAUCUACCUGAAUCCUCUAGACCGGUAAAUUACCCUUGGUGAAGGACGAGAAAAGGGAGAUUGAGCCCCGGUUUUAUCCUGAACCAGGACACAGCGUUCCCAUGAUGUCAUACCUGUGGAUUCUGCUAUUAGGAAGCCUACUGGCCUCACACGCCAAGGCACAAGAUGAUGCAAUCCCAGAGGAUGACACAGCAACCACAGAUCCUCUGCUCUCAGCAGAAGAAACAGAAGCUGCACCUGAGGAUGACGGAGCUGUUGAUGCUGAAGCUGAAACUGAACAAGAGGCUACGGAAAUGCCACUGGAAGAAGAAGAGCCUGAGUCAACUCCUGCAAAUUUAGAUGCAGAAGCAGUGGAGGAAGUAGAGCCAACAGAUGCUCCAGAAGCAGAAGCAGAAGCAGAAACAGUAGACCCUGACGGUGAUGCAGAAGCCGUAACCCCAACAGCAGGAGAUGCAGAUGCAGCAAUUCCUGCAGAUGUUGAAGAAUCCACAGAAGGAGAAGAAGCUACAGUGAGUCCAGCAGAUGGAGAUUCAACUCCAGAUGGAGAUGCAACUCCAGAUGCAGAUGCAGAUGCAACUCCAGAUGCAGAUGCAACUCCAGAUGAAGAUGCAGAUGCAACUCCAGAUGCAGAUGCAACUCCAGAUGCAGAUGCUGACACAGUAGCUCCUGCAGAUGGGGAUGCAGAAGUGACAGCUGUUGCUACUGAUGAUCCAGAACCUGUCACUCCUGCAGUGGACACUGAGCCUGAGGCUGCUGCAACAACACAAGGGCCAGCUGCUAAUCCAGAUGCUGAGGAACCAACUAGUGAACCUGUAGAGGAAAUUGCUGAAAGCACUGAAGAAACGUCUGUUGAAGAGACUGGCCCAGAUGACAAAACCUCACCAGCAGUAACUGAGGAAGUCGUGGCUUCGCUCAGUCCUACAAUUAAAGAGGACUUAAUACUACCGAAUCAAAUGUCAGAAAAUAAGUUUAACCUUGAAGACGCCUUGGAGCCAAACCAAAACAAUUCACCAAAGAGCCGAAGUGGAAUGAUAAAUGAAGAUGUUGCUAAGACCUCAGAAAGUGAGAAACACAAUGCCAAAGAAGGUCCCUCUGCAUCUUUAGUAGGAAUCUUGUCUGCGAUUGUUGUGGCUGCAGUGGGGGCAGUUAGUGGUUACUUUGCCUAUCAGAAGAAAAAACUGUGCUUCAAAAAUCAACAACAAGCAGAUCUAGAGGCUGCUCACAAAGCAGAUGCAGCAGAGGCUCAGUCAGAUCCCCAAGUUCUUAGCACCCUCUUAGACUCCUCCAAGAACCAACAGUGAUCACCUGGCUGCCUACACCAACUACAGUCAAGCAAAGUGGCAAUCUCACUGUUUAGCUCUGACCUGUGGAGCUCAAUUACUGUGAGGCCCCAGAGAAGGGCUGCGUGUUUCUGUUCAAUUGAGUGUGUGUAUGUUGGUCUGUGUGAGCCUGUGUAGGUGUGUGAGUGUGUGUUUUUGUGUGGGUGUGCAUACUGUAAGUGUGUUCAUCCUUGUGUGUGCAUACACGUGGGGGAAAAUUAGAUAAAGAUCAAAUAAAUUAAAUGAAUUUGAGGGGGUUAUGAUUGUUACCGCAUAGGAAUUUAUUAAAUUGAUCGGUCAAAAUCCAACUUUUUUCAGAGUUGCCAUCAAAGAGAUUAAAUCUCAGAUAAAGAAUAACCAUAAAAUGGCUUAAUUGUGAUACUAGGUCUUUAUUGUUUUAUUUGUAUGGGUACUAUCCUGUUCUAGUGAUUCAGUGUGUGAAUCUAAACAAGUUAAAGAUAGUGGUGUUGUAGGUGUUUAACUUGUACAGAAAGUGGCUUUUUGUAUUUUCUUGGGCAAAAUUCUGCCAUUUAUUGAGCCAACUAUAUCAUAUUUAAAAUCCACUAUCAACCAUAACUCCAACAUAUUCAUCAUUUUUAAUAACAUCACAUAUCUGUAGUGAAAAUCUAGGAUUAUAAGAUAACAAGAGGAGUGAAUUAAUCCCAUUGUAUUGUUUUGAUUCUGACGAGGAGCAGGGGUAGAGGAUUUUUCAUCCCAGUAUUCUCGGGACGAUCUUACAUGGUCCAGUUUUUUUCUUAGGAGGAUUAAGAUUUUGUGUUUCUGUGUGUUUUUGUUUUUGUUUUCAGUGGUGAAGAGGCUUAGAAUUAAAUCAUGUUAAGUGACUACCACUUCUUCAUGGACUAAAAUUUUUAUUGAUCUUUCAAAAAAAAAAAAAAAAAAGAAAGAAACAAAAAUUCUACAUAAAUAUUACCAUUUCAACUGAAGUACAGGACAUACCAAAUUCUAAAUGAUUAUUUAAACAAACUGUACAACCUAAAUUUAACAAGGUGAAAUUAAAUGACAUUUUAUCCGACACUGUUGCUGUAAGUGGAUAAAUGGUCACCUGGCAUGGACAAACUUAAAAGAGAUCAUGUAGUAAUGUAUUAGGCAUGAUGUAGUGUGUGUCAGUUUAGUGAUGCAGGAAGUUUGUCUCUAUAGUGCCUUUCACUGACACAGCAUGGCUUGAUCGAUGUACUGACACACAGGGAGCAUAUCUGGAACAUUCGUGUGAAAACAAGUAAACUAGUUCAUGAAUAUAUGUUUUUUAAAAAAAAAACCCUGGGAAUGAUACAUUUUUGCUGUUUAUAAUUCAUUUUAAAA